CCCGCCUCGCCGCUCCCUGCAACUACCAAUCGUCCCUACAUGCCACGAUCCAUGGAUGCCACUGACCCAUACGCUCUGUCGGAAACUGAGAACCUGUCUGAUUCAGACUGGCUAGAUAUCGCAAGCAGCAGGGCGUCCGAGGACACCGACUCCGUCGUCGGGUUCGAUAGCGAUCGCGAGCUCGACCAGGACGACAGGCCCGCAUCCAGACAUUCGUCCUGCAGCACGAGCAGCUCGCGCAACAGCGAGGUCCAAGCCUGGGAAGGUCUCCUCGAAGACAUCCCCGAUGAGUGCCACACCACCACCCUCCCACUGACUCGACCUUCUGCUCUCAGCAGCAGCGGCGAGCAUGCAGCCGCAGUACAGGAGGACCCAGAGGAAGAGAAGCGGGUGAAGGAUGCCCUCGAUCAGAGCAUGAUGAGCACGCUGAGCUCGUCGCGCUCGAACACCCUCAGUGGCUCGCACUCCUCGCUCGUUCGCUCCCGCGAUCUCCGGCUGUCCUUCCCGGACCCGCUCACAAGCUCCCGGGACGAGUCACUCAACGCCUCCUACGAAGCCGUCGCGCCCCUGUCUGGUGCCGAUGCCGACGCAUCCCCCGCAGCCCACUCCGGCGCUGACUCCAGCCCGCACGCCACGACCGACAUCGAUGUAGCGCUAGCGCCUACGACUGCGGAUCCGGGCUCGCUUGCCACGCCCGUGGUCCCAGAUGUGGAAGAGAGCAGCUGCGAAGACGAAUGCAAGGCUGACUUCUAUGUCGCGCUCUACGGCUCAUCGUCCGCGGUGAAGUGGUCCCUGAUUGAUAAGCUGCUUGAGAAGGCGGCGGAUGGCGCGGGCCUCAGGCUGACCUCGCGGAUCGUCGGGCUCAUCGACGGUUAUGUCCGCUUCCUAUCGUCCAAUGACGGCCAGGACAGCCGGACGGUUUGGGUUAUCGACCGCACGGACUGCAUUGAUACUUCGAGAUUUGACCCGCUUGACCGGCCUUCCUUAGCUGUUGUCUUCUUGCCAUCGCCUUUGUCUUUCGUGCCGGACCAUUCCCUCUACCUUCCGGUCUUGGCACAUAGCCCGAGCGUGUUAGAUUUCCCCUUCUCAGCUGAUCAACUUCUCGAUGCCGAGCAGCAAUGGGACACGCUCAACCUUCCCAGGGGCAAGGUUGUGCCUUUGUCUCGUUGCUCAUCCUCUGUCGUGGACGUCGAUGAAGUCGAGCGUGUGGCACCGAAGCCGCUUGCGCGCGCCUUGCGUCCCCUUUUCUCAGGGGGAAUGCGGCAGUCUACUCGUUUCACUCAGCGGAUAGCUCCAAAGCACGCUCUCACGAUCCUCGCCAUAUUAUCGGUUGUCCUAGGAUACGCCAUCAAGGGAUCAUUCAACCCAUCUGCGACGCCCACUGUUGUAGUCUCGCAGCCACAACAGACCACGCCCACAUUUGGCUUCCCGCCAGUCAGCGUGUCUAUCAACCAUUCGACCCCGCAGCCGAGUUUGAACCCCGCAACGUCUGGCCUCGUUCGGUCGUCCCUGAAGGAUUUCGCUUUGGCCGUACUCCCCGCGCCUCUCGUUGCUUCCACGUCUAGCAACCAGCCGUCUGCCGUGCCACCUGCCCACCAUGCCGACCCUGUCACCUCCAUGGACGUGCCGUCCGAGUGCGCCUGCGGCUGCGGACUGAUCACCUGGCCAAGCAAGUCCAAAGGCACCACGGACCUGACACUUCGCUCGACGCCCGUGGCAAUGACUGUACACGAGGACGACAAGGCUAGCCUUUCAGUGCUCUCAUCUUCGCACCCGCGCUACCCCGCGGACAGCGGGAAGGGCAAGGCGGUUGCCCGCGGAGACGAGACGAUGUUUGCUUUAAGCGCAUGGCGGGGCGCCGGCUCGCUCGCCGAGCUCUUCGGACUCGGGUACAGCGCCCUGGCGAGCGUCGUCGCGCAGGACGUGCAAGAGAUCCUGGACGCACUGGACGAGCUUGCGCGCGCGAUCGGCCGGCAGACGGCGCUGGCGUGGGCGCAGUCCGCGGGGGCGGUGCAGGGUUUGAGGUCCAUGCUCCACUCGCGACAUGAGCGCGCGCGUGCGAGGGCGACGGAGCUCAGGAAGAUGGGUGGCUGGCUGAUUGAGUCGGUCCACGAGAAGAUGAAGGGGAGGGUGAACAGGGCGAGGGAGAACGCGCGGGCGACGAAGGACGAGAUGUUGACGAUGGAGGCGUGGCCGGUGAACGGGAGGCAGAUGGUCGAGGCCGUGACGGCGCGCAAGCUUGCGAGGGAGCGCAGAGCGCAACGCAAGGCGCGGUCGGCGCUCACGCACUGAGGUGCUGUGGGGCCGCGAUAUUUCCUAUCAUACAUUCACUCUACAGGUAUACACCCCUCAUCUUUCUUCCAUCCUGCGACAGUUCUCGUGCAACCAACGGUAUCUUAUUCACACUGCACUCAUGUAUUAUGCCAUUGUACUACUUCACUGCUCCCAUCUUAUACAGAGGUGACCCUUGUACCGUGUAGUCCCACUCACUCCCCUCCAUGUAUGUACUGACCGACUAUGUGACUCGUAUAAACGUA